AAAAAAAAGAAAGUUCAAAGAAAGCGACAUGGACGCCAUCGAUUCAGUCGUGGAUCCUCUUAGAGAUUUCGCCAAGGACAGCAUUCGUCUCGUUAAGCGUUGUCACAAACCAGAUCGCAAAGAAUUCACGAAAGUGGCGGUCCGUACAGCGAUAGGGUUUGUAGUAAUGGGAUUCGUGGGAUUCUUUGUGAAGCUCAUCUUCAUUCCAAUCAACAACAUCAUCGUCGGCGCCACUUAAAAGAUAACCAACGAAGCAGAAGAGGGUAGUUACAGCUUUCCUUAUUUCAAGAAAAUAGUACCUUUUUUGUUCUUUGUGUUUAGAUACUCUCAAAAAGAGGAACACACGUGUUGUUAACAAUACAUUUGAGAUCACUCUCCAGUAAUUGCAUUUCUGUUUUUCUGUUACAGUUUAUUUAGCUCUGCCGUUAGUAACUGGGUGAGCCCAUAGUUAUGGUUUCGCUAUCACUAUUAUUC